AUGGCGUCACAAGCAGCAUAUGCGGCUGAACAGGCCAUCGGCCAUCAGGGCGACGCCGUCACGGCCCAGGAUGUGACCAACUACCCAGAAGGAAGCGACAGUAGCGACACAAUGAAGGCACUCGUAUGGCAGGGCAAGAAUAAGGUUGAAAUAGUCGAUGUGCCCAAGCCCAAGAUCAUUGAGGAAACGGACGUCAUUCUCAAGGUCACUGGCAGCACUGUCUGUGGCAGCGAUCUCCAUCUUCUUCAUGGCUCUGUGGUGCAAAUGAACAAAGGCGACAUUCUCGGCCACGAGUUCUGCGGUAUCGUCGACCAAGUCGGAUCGGCUGUGAAGAAGGCCAAGAUUGGCCAGCGUUAUGUCGCGUCGUUCCAGAUUGCAUGCGGAAACUGUUUCUAUUGCAGCCAAAAGCUGUCGUCUCAAUGCGAGAGAACGAACUCCAACACGAUGGAGAAAUCCAUGUACGGCUCCCAGACGGCGGGCAUGUUCGGCUACUCCCACUUUACGGGUGGCUUUGCCGGAGGCCAGGCCGAGUAUGUACGCGUUCCGAUCGGAGACGUGAAUCUCCUCGAAAUCCCCGAUAAUGUACCGGAUGAGAAGGCCUUGUACUUGUCCGACGUGCUCGCCACCUCGUACAAUGCUGUCAAAGACACCGCAGUCUAUCCCAAGGACCAGGUUGCAAUCUGGGGUGCAGGACCUAUCGGCCAAAUGGCUGGCGCAUUCGCCCUUGGCGAAGGUGCGUCCAAAGUCAUCUUCAUCGACACGGAACCGCGCCUAUCAUACAUCAAGUCCAAGUGGCCUUCGGCACAUGCGGACAAGUUGGAGCUUGUCGACUUCAAGAAAUUGUCGAGCGGCGUGACCAACAAGGAGACUGUUGUAUCGAAGCUGAAGGAGCUUUGCGGCGGAAGAGGCCCGGAUGUUGCGCUUGAGUGCGCAGCUGGAGAGUACCCCAAGGGCUGGCUCCACACCAUCGAAAUUGCCUUGGGCGCCGAGACCGACACGAGUGAGAUUGUCAAUGAGAUGAUUGAGGGUGUGCGCAACUUUGGUCGAUGUGGUAUCACAGGCGUCUACGUUGGGUACACCAACCAUUUCAACAUCGGUUCACUCAUGGAGCGUGGUGUCCGCUUGAUUGGCAACGGACAGGCACCUGUUCACUUGUAUUGGGAGGACUUGCUCAAGAGGAUCCAAAGUGACGACAUUGAUGUUUAUCAGAUGUUGUCGCAUCGCAUUCGUCUCGACGACCUCGGCAAGGUUUACUACAAGUUCGAGAACAAGGAAGACAGCAUGCAGAAGAUUUUCGUUGAGACAAAGUUCUCGUCUCCGAGGGCAGAGGGAUCACCAGAGCUUACAACAUAUUGA